AGGCGGGGGUGGAAGCCCGGCGGCUGCUCGUGAGCUCCGAUCGCGUCUUUGGCUGAUCACGGCCGGCCUCGUUUCCCGGCCGUUUUCGCUUCUGGACAGGGGGACUCUUGGCGACACUCGCCGAGAAAGGAGGAAACUCCUAGUGUCAGGCUUCUUCCUUGUUAGGCCGUCCUAGUCUCUGACAUCAUUUCCCCUUCGUCUCUCCCUACAGUAUAUUUAUCAGCCAAGAAUUGUAGGCAUGGGGCCCAUUGAUGGGCCCUGGGCAGUGGUCGACAGGGGAAAGAGAUGGGGCCUUUGCCCUGGCGCGCUUUUUGAGGGGGUGAAGAAGGGACUUCCAUUCAUCCGUUCAUUCAACAAUAUUGAUUGAACAAUUGCAGUGCGCCAGGCACUGUGCUAGGCGUUGCACAGAUGGAGUUACUGCCCUAAUGGGUCUUAUAGUUUCGGGGAACGGAUGUUAAUCAGAGAAUCCAGAUGAAUGUUAAAUUACGGUCCAGAUAAAUGUCAGGAGGAAAAGGUUCACGGUUCUGGGAGGGUAUUUGGAUUAAUAUGAGGAAUCAAGGAAGUGAGAAUUGAGCCUUGAUUAACAGUUUUGUCUUUAUCCUAAAAAAAGCCACUGGGAUGUUUAAGAACGCCUUGCCAUGAUCGAAUUUUCAUUUUGGAAGGCGAUUCUGGCCGCAAUGUGAAGAACAAGUUAGAGCCAAAGUAGAAGACAGCUAGGAUUAGGUAGAGUAACGGCAGAGGAAAAGUGCAGGGAUUCAAGGCUUAUUAAGGAGAGGACAUCAACAGGGUUUGGAGGUGGUUUAGUUAUGAGUGAGGGGUCAGCAUUGUCCGGGUCCUAGAUUUCUGUCUUUCCCACUGAAGUGGGACAGGAAACACUGGGAAAGGGCCCAGAUGAGGAGAUGAUGAAUUUUGAGGUGUCUUAUGAUGUACAAACUGGACAGUGGCUCUCCCCAAAACAAUGGUAAUUCCAUGUGACAACUGCUGUGAGAGAGGAAGUAUAGGAUCCUGUGGGAGCACCAGUAAUUGGUGAUUGAUAGGGGUUGGAGGGCUUCCUAGGAGAGGUGGUUGCUCAGAAGACAAGUGAAAAUGCCUAAUAAUUUACUAUAGAGAUUGCUCUGAAAAGCUAUAUGGGUUUCUGAAGUUUUGAGAAGAGGACUUUCUGAGCUGGUCAGGAAGGCUUUAGAGAUGUGAUAGGCCUUGAAGGAUGGGAAAAUUUUAGACUCAAAAUGGGUAGUGUGGGACUAUUAGGAGAAUGGCAGAGACAGAGAGUGAUCAAAUUGACAGUAGGGAAGGUUUCUGUUAUGGAAACUUGGAGAAAGCACUGGGAAGAGAGAUCAUGGACUUGUGGAAAGCUGUGGUUCCUCAAGCAGUAGAAUUGCCAGUAAUGUUUUUGAGGAAAGAACAUUAAACUGUUGGCUUUAUGUAGGAUGGACAGGAAGAAGGGAAGGUAUUAGAGGAAAUGUAAGUAUAUUCUCUACGUUGUGUCCAAUACCAGAUUCAUUGUAUUUCUCUCUGAUUGUGCCUCUGGGGUAACUACAGGACUCACAGUUGCUCAGCCUUGUAAUUAUCCUGCAUUCUUACUUCUCCACUCCUGUUUGUGUUCAGGUCUUCAGAGUUCUAAAUUUCUCAUCUGUUUCUCUCCUCCCCAUCUUCAUUUGACAUUGCCCUCUUUGCUGGUAUUGUUGCUUAUAGUCACCUGUUCCUCCAGACCAUCUUUUACUCUGUUACUAAAAUGAUCUUUCUAAAACAGGUAUGAUCGUGUCACUACCCAGCUUGAAAAUGGGCGCACCAGAAAGACAUAUUAACAAAAUAAUAAGAUCUAUAAUAUUUCAAGAUAUGUUGAAAGACAUUUAGAAAAUGAUAUGAGAAGUGGAAAAACCAUGUAAAUCAGAAGUAUAAAAACUCAGAAACGAGAUUAUAGAACAAGUUACCUCACAACUUAGGGUCACUCUGCUUUACAAACCUCAGCUCUUGCCAGUUUCUGUCUCCCUACCCCAUAAUGCUUUACACAUACCUCCUAUUAUUGCCCUUUUUCAUAUAAAUUUAUAACUAUCAGUGUAUCUCCCCUUCCCUGAUUGUGAACUCUUUGAGACUUGAACUGAGUCGUCUUCUUUAUACUCCUAAUGUGUCCUUAGCAUAGUACUUGGCAUGCUACACUUAGCAAGCAUAUUGUAGAUGUCAGAGUGUAUUUGUUGAAUGGAUAAAUGAAGCCCUGUGCUAAGGUAGUGGCAGUGGAAAUGAAAAGGACAGGAUGACUGUGAAAGAUAUUUGUAAAAAGAAAUUGAAGAGACUUGAUGACGAUGGGGGAUUUUUGACUCUUGGUAACCAAGUUGGCAGUAGACUCAUCCACAAAACUUGGCAAGUGAGAAUAAGCUGGAUAAAUUUUGGAGGAAAUGAUAAGCGAAAUUUUAGAUAUGGUGAAGGUAUUGGCGCGACCUUUAGGUAGAGCUGCCCAGUGGUCAUUAAUAGUUCACAUGCAGUGAACCUCUCAGUUUGGCAUGUGGGGAUGUUGAAGGAAAGUUUGACGUUUUAUUCAAUAGAGUUCGAGCAAUUCAGAAGAAAAGUGGAAACUUUGAUCUGCUGUUGUGUGUAGGAAAUUUCUUUGGCUCCACUCCAGAUGCUGAAUGGGAGGAAUAUAAAACUGGCAUCAAGAAAGCUCCUAUUCAGACAUAUGUGCUGGGUGCCAAUAACCAGGAAACAGUAAAAUAUUUCCAAGAUGUUGAUGGGUGUGAAUUAGCUGAAAACAUUACUUACCUGGGUCGUAAAGGUGUCUUCAUUGGAAGCUCGGGGCUACAGAUUGUGUACCUCAGUGGGACAGAGUCCUUAAAUGAGCCUGUCCCAGGUUACAGUUUUAGUCCCAAGGAUGUAUCUUCCCUGAGAACAAUGCUGUGUUCAACUUCCCAGUUUAAGGGUGUUGAUAUCUUGCUCACAUCCCCAUGGCCCAAGUAUGUGGGGAACUUUGGGAAUUCUUCUGGAGAAGUGGAUACCAAAAAAUGUGGCUCUGCUUUGAUCUCCAGUCUUGCUACAGGUUUGAAACCAAGAUAUCAUUUUGCUGCUUUGGAAAAGACCUAUUAUGAGAGGCUUCCAUAUCGAAACCACGUUGUUCUGCAGGAAAAUGCACAGCAUGCCACCAGGUUCAUAGCUCUGGCAAAUGUUGGAAAUCCAGAAAAGAAAAAGUACCUUUAUGCAUUCAGUAUUGUUCCUAUGAAACUAAUGGAUACAGCAGAACUGGUAAAACAGCCUCCAGAUGUCACUGAAAACCCUUACAGAAAACCUGGGAAGGAAGCAUCUAUAGGAGAGCAAAUUCCUGGCCCUGAGGAAGAAUCAGCCUGUCAAUUUUUCUUUGAUUUAAAUGAAAAGCAGGGAAGGAAGCGUUCAUCUACAGGCAGAGAUACCAAGUCUUCUCCUCACCCAAAGCAGCCUCGCAAACCUCCUCAGCCUCCAGGACCCUGCUGGUUUUGCCUUGCCAGCCCUGAAGUGGAAAAGCAUUUGGUGGUCAACAUUGGCACACACUGCUACCUUGCCCUGGCCAAAGGAGGCUUAUCUGAUGACCAUGUCCUCAUCCUGCCCAUUGGACACUACCAGUCAGUGGUGGAGCUUUCAGCAGAGGUGGUGGAAGAGGUGGAGAAGUAUAAGGCUACAUUGAGGCGCUUCUUUAAGAGUCGGGGCAAACGGUGUGUUCUAUUUGAGAGAAAUUAUAAGAGCCAUCACCUCCAGCUACAGGUUGUUCCUGUGCCGCUCAGCCGCUGCGCUGCUGAUGACAUUAAAGACGCCUUCGUUAUUCAGGCGCAGGAGCAACAGAUAGAGCUGUUGGAAAUCCCAGAGCAUUCUGACAUCAAGCAGAUUGCACAGCCAGGAGCAGCAUAUUUUUAUGUUGAACUUGACACAGGAGAGAAACUUUUCCACAGAAUUAAAAAGAAUUUUCCUUUGCAGUUUGGAAGGGAGGUCCUGGCUAGUGAAGCUAUCCUUAAUAUUCCUGACAAGUCUGACUGGAGGCAGUGUCAGAUCAGCAAAGAGGAGGAGGAGACCCUGGCUCGCCGCUUCCGGAAAGACUUUGAGCCCUUUGACUUCACUCUGGAUGACUGAGCAAAGGAAAAAGCACUUU